GCACGCUCGCACCCACUUUUUCUUACGCCUCCCCGAGUUUGCCGUGCGCGCAUACAGGCGCCUUUACGGUAGCCCGUCUCCCUGCGCACCGCGCCUGGCAGGAGCCCACAGCUCCACAGACCGAGCAGCGCCGACAAUGACGCGCGUGGAAGACGGUCGAGAAAUGAACGCGCUGCCUGAAAACAGACACAUCUGAGGCGGGCCCGUGAACGCAGCACGCUCAACUGGGAAGGAAUCUUUUUUUCUUCCUCUUCUUUUGCUUCAAGGGGCCGAGCUCUUCCUCCCGUGUUGCUUCGGUGUAAAUAGGCGGAGGAGCAGGGAAAAAAAGCUGUUUUGCAUGCAGCCUACAGGGCGCAUGAAGUCUGGGAUAUAUUUUUCCACCCUGUCCAGCAGCGACCUCGCAAUGCUGCUCGUUUCUGUCUGAAGGAAGAAGUGUGCGUGUGGAGAGAAGGGGAGGAAUUUCUCCCUUCCUCUCUCACUCUUUUCAGCAUUAUCUGUUUUUUUGUGUGUGUGUGUUUGUCUUCCGUGCAAGAUGUUUUGAGCGCCAAGGGAGGCUGAGAGCGGCUGGUGUCGUCUGGGGGUGGAGGUGGUGGUGUAGCGUGGAGAGGAGGUGGAGGAGGAGGAGGGCGGUUUGUUCUACUGCGCAGACAAGCGGCGGACCGUCUCUGCGUCUGAACCACAACAACACAGCAGACAGCCCGAGGAGAGCAGGGAGAGAAGGUUCCGGGGAUUUGGGGGGUUGAAAAGAGAAAAAAAAAAAAUCUGGACACAUAUAACGGCGUGAAAAUGACGAUGUCUGUCCCGGAGAGGAAAUCGGGAUCGGAGGGGAAGGAGGAGGAGAGCGAGGAUGAGAGUGAGAUCCUGGAGGAGAGCCCGUGCGGCCGCUGGCAGAAACGGAAAGAGCAGGUGAGCCAAGGUAAUGUCCCGGGCGUGGAAAGUGCCUCCCUGGCCAUGGACACGGAGGAGGGCGUGGAGGUGGUGUGGAACGAGGUGCUCUUCUCUGACAAGAAGGUCUUCAAAGCACAGGAGGACAAGAUCAAGGAGAUGUUUGAGAACCUGAUGCAGGUCGAACACCCCAACAUCGUCAAGUUCCACAAGUACUGGCUGGACAUGAAGGAGAGUCAGGCGCGGGUUAUAUUCAUCACAGAAUACAUGUCGUCGGGCAGCCUCAAGCAGUUCCUGAAGAAAACUAAGAAGAACCACAAGACCAUGAAUGUGAAGGCCUGGAAGAGAUGGUGCACCCAGAUUCUCUCUGCUCUCAGUUACCUGCACUCCUGCGACCCGCCCAUAAUCCACGGCAACCUGACGUGCGACACCAUUUUCAUCCAGCACAACGGCCUCAUCAAGAUCGGCUCAGUGUGGCAUCGGCUAUUUGUUAAUGUGUUUCCAGACGCCAGUGUUCACGGGAAAGGGAGGCAGCACCGCGACGAGCAGAGGAAUCUUCACUUUUUUGCACCAGAAUAUGGGGCUGGUGAAGAUGAUUACGCCAUAGAUAUUUUCUCCUUUGGCAUCUGUGCUCUAGAGAUGGCAGUACUGGAGAUCCAGGCCAACGGAGACACUGCUGUGUCCAAGGAGGCCAUCGUCAAUGCGGGUCAAUCUCUGGAAGACCCUCUCAUGAGAGAGUUCACGCAGUCUUGUUUGCGUCACGAAGCCAAGCUCCGUCCUACGGCUCACGACCUUCUGUUCCACCGAGUCCUGUUCGAGGUCCACUCCCUCAAACUGCUCGCCGCCCACUGCCUCAUCAACAACCAGUACUUGCUUCCAGAAAACUGUGUGGAGGAGAAAACCAAGUCCUUUGACCCCAACGCUGUCAUGGCAGAGAUCAAACACGAAGACAGACAGGGAGUUCAGCUCAAAUAUUCCCAUGUGUCCCCUUUGGAGCUCGACAAGUUUCUGGAGGAUGUCAAGAACGGUAUUUACCCCCUGAUGAAUUUCGCCUCGUCUCGGCCUCACCCCGUCCCCCGAGCCCUGUCGUUGUCUCAGGAGCAGGUGGAGACAGUCAAGACGCCGACUCCUGAACCCCAGGAGACAGAAACCAGAAAGGUUGUUCAGAUGCACUGUAAUUUGGAGUCCAAUGAAGAAGGGACCAAAACUCAUGUGAGUCACAUAGUAUUACAGCUCUCUUUGUUUCUGAAGAUGGAUGACAAACUUCAUAGGCAGCUUAGCUGUGACAUCCUUCCAACGGACACCUCCAAAGACCUUGCCAGUGAACUUGUUCACUACGCCUUCAUAAAUGAGGAGGACAGUGAGAAGGUAGCAGGAUUCCUGGAGGACGCCAUCAGCCGACACCGGGUCCGAGCGCUCGCGUCCGGGAGCACACAGUGAGGAGGGGGUCACAACACCGGCUGGCCCAAUCAGAGGGGCCCGGGCGUUGACCACAACGCGCAUCGAGAAAGGGAGAGAGGGCAGCGGGAAGGAUUACACAGCCGGGAACUGAGAGAGAAAGAAAGAGAGAGAGAGCGAUAAGAGCCGUCCCAGCUGGGGGAUUGUAAGGGGACAAGUACAGAAGGAAGCUGGGCCUUGAGAUGAAGAGAGAAGGAAGAACCGCCACAACUGAGAGAGGAACCUAAGGCACCUCUGCUCGGAGGGCCGGAGGCAUCAUGGCUGUGUUCAGCAGUCCCACAAAGCAGUGGAACAUUGACAAACUCCCUGCCUAAAAGGGCUGUCAUGCCUUAAGAUAUCUUGACAGCCUGGGUUUUUCCAUAAAUGCCACUAUUCAGAACGGAUACGUUUUACUUGCAGCUAAGGACGUUUCAUUGCUCAUAAGCCUUGUUUGCACUCCACUGUCCACUUUGAUUGGUGAUUAUUUACUUUUAAUUGUAAACGAAGUCAUUUACUGAAACCUCCCUCCCUCACAAGCCGGAAGCUUUGUUAUAAGGGAAUUCAUUUUUUUCCGUCCAACAAGCACUGUUGAAACUCAUUCAUUCAGCUGACUUAUUUAUUUCUGUUUAACUGUGAACAAUAGAAGCUCUGCACAUGCUUGUUUUCAAGUUAACUCCCCUCACUGCACAUUAAAGGCUACUUUCUCCCAGAACUUAACAACGCCACACCUAAUGUAAUGUAAUAUAGUGAUGAGCAAUGAGAUGAUGCCUCUCUUUCAGCCUGUAGUGCUCUUAAUAAGGGGUUUCCCCUGUGAAAGUGUUCUGAAAGCCAAAGACUUGCAAAGUGCCUGAUAUGGCAAUGUACUUUGGACAAAAUUUGCUAAUGAGACGGCAUCGGAGCCAGCAUAAAGCAAUUUGGAAUUUUAACUUAUUCGGGGGGCUGACUUUUUAUGGUUUUAAAAGCAGAUGCAUUGAUUCGGGUUAGUAGAGUUCAGCCUGUGUGAAUGUGCAGAUGAAACCUGACAGUCAGUAAUGGCAGCUCCAUUAUGAGCUUUUAUUAUUUUAUUGGACUCGUGCUUCAGGCAAUAAUGUUUCUGGUGCAGUCAAUAUUAGUUUAGGAAGAGCUGCAGCAUUUGUACAAAAGUUGGGAUACAUCAUGUGAAGCUUGUGGAGUAAAAUCAUAGUGAUACAGUAUAUUAAAUGGGAAGAAUGGUGUUGGUGACUUAAGACUUGUUAAUAAAAAAUUGCCAUAUUGUUGUUAAUAUUAUUGCUAUAUUUACUUUUUCGGGUACUUCCCAAACCAUCUGAGCAUAUUUUGUGAUUUCCUUUUUUCUUUUUAAAGGUGUCUCGAGGUGUUUUAAAGAAAAAAUCCAUCCAAAAAUCUUCUAGAAUGUACAUGCUGACCUAUUGUAUGGAGGUUUUCAGUGGCUGCACGUGUCGUUAAAAAAUCAUGAUACAAGAGGCGAAUAUUUUGCUCACUUCCCCAGUAUCACAUCCACUGUAGUUUUAUUUCAGACAAUAUCAGCGUGAACUUUGGAAUUGAUUGCACUGCAGCCCACACAAACACAAAAAUAGAACACAUGCCUUCAUUGCUGCCAGAUUUUCUUGUCAGGAGCCCAAUCUUGGCACCAUAAAAGAGUAUCAUUUGGAUGGAUUUUUCCUUACAACAAUAGAGAAUUGUCUGAUCGGUCUUCAGCAGUAUACUCUCAUUUGUCAGACUCAGUUAGCUCCGCUUCAUUUGUUUCCCGGGUUCUGUAAGGUCGAGGUCCAUAACAGUUACACUGCUGUACAGUCAUUGCUUUACAGUGCUUACGUACUCUGUGUCAAGCCUUCUUAUCAGCACGUCUCUGCAGACAGGGGUCCCAGAAUCACCUACCAGAGGCUGCGGUGUACAUAUUUGUUUGUGGCUGUUGGAGGGGUUUACUUUCAGACAAUAUUUCAAUGCAAAGCAGUGCCACUCUUGCUCUCAUCUGAUCUAAUACAGUAAGCUGCAUGUCUUAAUAGCCUGCAACCAUUCAGAACUCUGCAUUUCUGCCUUUGUCAGUCACAGUUCAGUUCCGGAGGGAACCUGACCAAGAAAAAUGAAUGUUUAGACUGUGCGAACAUGAAAACAAAAAAAACAUCCAUAUCAGUCUUAUUUUAUGUCAGAUGACUUUUAUUCCUGUGAAUCUGUUGAAUGAAACUUGCCUUUGGAUGUGUUCUACUUAAAACCUUUGUUAAAUAUUGUAGCUACUGCAAUUAAAUACAUGACAAUAAAUAAACAAUGUGUGACAUGUUG